UCAGGGAGCAGAGAGACUCAGGCAACAGCAGUACACACCUCCAGCUUAGAGAUUGCAGCUGGUACAGAAGCUCUUGUCAGCCCUUUCAGAUGUUUUUGAAGUGUGUGUGGACCACUACUUCCAAAGGCAUAUGACAUGGAACCAAAUCUAAAAGCCAUGAAAUUUGUCCUGCACAGUUUUCUGUUGCUGCUUCUCCAAGAAUUCAGUACCGCUGUGGAGGAUGAUGUAAGAUCUAGCUGCAGAACUGCUCCAAAUGACUUAGUUUUCAUUUUGGAUGGCUCAUUUAGUGUAGGACCAAAUGAUUUUGAAAUAGUCAAAAACUGGAUUGUCAACAUAUCCAGCAGUUUUGAAAUAGGAACAACAUUUACACAAGUGGGUGUUAUACAAUAUAGUGAUAAUCCUCUGCUAGAAAUCCCAUUGGACAAAUAUAGGUCCAAUGAAGACCUGAUGAAAGCAAUGGAAGCCAUAUUAUAUAGGGGUGGAAAUACAAGAACAGGAAAAGCUAUAACAUUUGGAAUUAACAAUGUGUUUGCUACCUCAACCAGGGCUGCUAAUGCCGUGACAAAAGUAGCAGUUGUACUUACAGAUGGAAAGUCCCAGGAUGAUGUGAAGGACUCAGCAGAGGAAGCAAGGAAAAAGAAAAUUAUACUGUUUGCAAUUGGAGUUGGUCAGGAAAUAGAAGAUGCAGAACUUCAGGCAAUUGCUAAUAAACCAUCAUCCACAUAUGUGUUCCAUGUAGAGGACUACACUGGUAUCUCCAGAAUUAGAGAAAUAAUGAAACAGAAACUUUGUGAAGAAACUGUCUGCCCUACAAGAAUACCUGUGGCAUCGCGAGAUGAAAAAGGCUUUGAUAUCCUUGUUGGCUUAAAUAUUAGGAAAAAAGCCAGUAAAGUUGAAGGCUCUUACCGUGGCAAAAAAGCUUAUAGGGUUACAUCGCAGAGUGAUUUAACAGAUAAAACAAGGGAUAUUUUUCCUGAUGGCCUUCCUCCUUCCUAUGUCUUUGUAUCCACAUUACGAUUCAAGAGACCUGUAACUAAGGAAAAAUGGGAUUUGUGGAGAAUUCUAGCUCUAGAUGGCACAGUUCAAACAGCAGUUACGUUGAAUGGUGAAGACAAUACAGUAAUUUUUUAUACAACACACAUGAUGAAUGAUACACAGUCUGUGACCUUCACUUCUCCUCUUAUAAAGGCAUUGUUUGAUGAAAACUGGCACCUGCUGCGAGUCCUGGUAACAGAGAGGGAUGCCACUUUACACCUAGAUGAUAAAUUAGUUGAGACAAGGCAACUCGAACCUGUUCUUGGUAUCUUCAUCAAUGGAAGAACACAGAUAGGGAAGUAUUUUGGGAAAGAAGCAUCUGUACCAUUUGAAGUUCAAAAGUUAAGGAUUUACUGUGACCCAGAACAAAAUCAGCGAGAAACUGCCUGUGAAAUUCCAGCUGUUAAUAUCCUGCUGAACAUGCAUUCAACAACAGGAAGGAUCCCCAACCAGCACUUACUUAAGGGAAUGAUCAACUACUUUCAGUGUGACAGUAGUCUUGAUGAUAUUAGUUCUACACCACCCCCUUGUACAUGUACCCCAGGACCAGCUGGCCCUCGAGGUCUAAAGGGAGAACGUGGAGUACCUGGGGAACAUGGUAAUCCAGGAAGACCUGGUGCAGAUGGUAAGCCUGGUCCUCCAGGAUUGUUUGGAAGCCCAGGCAUACCAGGAUCCCAAGGCAUUCAGGGUUUGCGUGGGUUUCAUGGAUACAAGGGUGAGGAGGGGAGGCCUGGUGUUCCGGGUGAACGAGGAGUUUCGGGGUUUCAAGGACUACCUGGAGUACAAGGUCCAAUGGGUUCUAACGGAUUCAAAGGGGAACCAGGCCUACGUGGUUUUGAGGGUAAAAAGGGUACAAAAGGUAACAAAGGUUCUCAUGGUUAUCCUGGAUUACGUGGACCUCCUGGACCUCAAGGUGAAAGUGGAAAAAAUGGCUUACCUGGAAUUCCUGGCACAAAGGGAGAACCAGGAAUGGUCGGUCUCCCAGGAUUGGAUGGAAUAACAGGACAACCUGGUAUUCCUGGAAUGCCAGGACAUAUUGGACCAAUGGGAUACAAGGGUGGAGAUGGAAUUCCUGGGGAAAAAGGAGAUAGGGGGCUUCCUGGCAAAACGGGUGAAAUGGGAUUGCCAGGUGUACCUGGUUCACAAGGACUACCUGGGUCCAAGGGUAAUAAGGGUGAACGUGGAAUCCAAGGUAUUCAAGGACAACAUGGUAAUAAGGGGCAGAAAGGAGAACCGAGUUUACAAGGUCAGCCAGGACACUCUGGAAUGCCAGGAAUGAAAGGAAUAAAGGGUGACAAAGGAAAUGCAGGUGUCAAAGGAAACCAGGGUGACAAGGGUGUAACAGGAGAACGAGGAAUGCCAGGACAGCAGGGGACAAAAGGCUCAGCAGGAUCAAAAGGAGAGCCAGGUGACCCAGGAGAAUCAGGCACUGCAGGCAUUAGAGGUCAAAAGGGAGAACCUGGCUUACCUGGUAGAACUGGGCACCCAGGGCCUAAAGGAAACAACGGACUUUCAGGUGCACCAGGACCACCAGGACCAGAAGGAAUUUCUGGAAGAGCCAUUUCAGAUGAAUACAUCCGACAGGUUUGCAUGGAUGUGCUAAGAACCCAAUUAUCUUCACUUAUGCGGAACCAAAGGAAUCAAAACUGUUGGCACUGUCAGACACACAAGGGUUCACCUGGACCACCAGGACCACCAGGACUUCAAGGCCCACCCGGUUUCCCAGGUUUGGAUGGUGAGCAAGGUCAACCAGGUCAUUUAGGUUUACCUGGUCUUCCAGGCAUUCAAGGACCCAUGGGAUUCCCUGGUGAGAAAGGUGAUAGAGGAAUAGGAUCCCCUGGACUGCAAGGCUUACCAGGACCACCAGGACCUAUGGGCUUACCUGGAAUUAGUAUAGAUGGAAACCCGGGAAAGCCUGGUGCACCUGGAAAAGCUGGAGUUCCUGGAAAAUUUGGAAGAGCUGGACCUCCAGGCCCACCUGGGACAUGUCAACCAUCUCUAUGUUAUGGAGCAAUAGUAGGAAGAGAUCCCUUUAGAAAAGGACCAAGCUAUUGAAGGUUUAUCAUUGUAUGAAUAAACCUGGAGCAAGUUUACGGUGGAUAUUACUCAAUCUGGUGCUUAUUUUUUUUUAAACCCUAAAAAAAGCCUCAGGACAAUUUACAUGAGAGAACCUAUGUUCUGCAUUAUCAGCCAACUUUUACUUAGGCAUUUCUAAAAUAAGAACAAUAUCAACUACUUAUAAGUGGAUCAUUAGCUACGUAUAUGAUGCUAUUUUCAUUCCAUUUUUCUUUCAUUCACAUGAGUUCUAUUUGUCAUUUAGUGCUAUGCUAAGAGAUGGAGAGGUCAGACAUUGUAAUGUGUAUUAUUGAGUUUGCUGUACAACAUGCUUUGAUCUGGUAGUAUCUGUUAU